CAUACGCGAAAUCGAACGCCUGACCCACAGGAUAAGAGAUGGCAACAGAGAGCCGCAUUUUAUGCGACCUUUGACUCGGGCGCAAGUAAAAGGUCAUCAAGCACUGAACGGGAAGAUUCACCCCCAAAGUAUCAGCGGGUGGAGUCAGUGGUUCACGUUGUGGAUCCAAUUGUGAGCGCCGUACAAGAAGAUGACGCGAUGGAAGGCACUGGCUCAGUUGUCGAAACCACGUCUCAAGAGAAUGUGACUCACCGACGAAAUGUGAUCUUGGAUAGUGACCUUCAACCGGCUUCAUCAAUGAGUAAUGAACCGUCGCAGCCAGCAUCAGCAGACCGACGUGAACUGGAAGGUCAAGGCGAACCGGAUAAUCGUCGCCAAGGUGACCAGCGAUUAAACUCCAGAUUUAAUAACCGACAACCAGAAAGUAUCGACAUGGAAUACAAGACGACUGAUAUUGAUGAACAAACGGUCGAAAUUUGUCGAUACUUUGGACUCGAGCCGGAUUCGGUUGAAGCCAACAAAAUUGGCACAAUUCUGAGACAGCUGAGCCAUUUCUUACUUGACUCGGGAUACGCGAGAGAGAUUAAACAAGGAGUCGAACAAGGACUUUUCCGUCGGUUAUUCAUCCACCGCGAUUCAGUACGGGACUGUUAUCUCCCUAUCCGACGGAAUGGGCUACACAGUUUGGUGGAUUUAAGUUUAUUGGAUGUACCGCUGGACACAACUGACCCAAUCGGGAUGACACAGUUCUACUACAGAGACUAUCCCGAACGCCAAGAAUACGUGGCUCAGUUUGUUCUACGACAUGUGAAUCCAGCUUUCAAGUUGCUUGCAGCAAGGGCAUCGAUAGGACUACAGGUGGAUCCUAAGGACUAUGCCGCAAAAAGGAUGGGGCAAAAGGUCUUUGCUGCGAGACUGGCACAUUAUAAGACACAGAAUCAAUUGGUGUCUAAUACUAUGAAGGACGACAUUCCACCGUUCUUCCGAGCUCAUGUCGCUAAAUUGGGACAACCGAUGGAACAUAUCAGCAUAGCGCACACAGCUCGAAAGGCGCUGAAAAAGUGUAAGACACGAAUGGAAAAGGGCAACUUGACACAGCGCCACGCAUCCCAAGUAGAAGAAAGGAUUAAUAAGAUCAAAGAUUCUCUGGGAAGCGACUACGUCGAACCGGUGGACGGAAUCGAAACUUACAUUGAUGAAUUCUUGGUGAAGAAAAGUGACCGUCGCCCAGACCGUGCGCCUAACCAGAUGGGACGACGCGGCAUACGAAACCAACAGCUGCGGGAUAAUCUCGCCGACGUGCAGCGUCGAUUGGCGGAAGACCCUGAUAAUCGAAGACUGCGACUCGAAGAAAAUGACGCACGCCAUCGACUUGAGGCGGUUAAGCGAAGUCGCCAAGGUAAGGGUCGUGGCCAGCGCGAAGUUGAUCCGACAAAGGUCAUGGAAGUUGACUCGACGGAACCAGUUGACCGAACUUCCGAUCGAAACCAACCAGAAAGCGCUAAGAAACGCCCGCCGAGAGAUGGCGAGGGCGAUUCAAAUGAAAUGGAAUAGUGUUGACCUUUAGGAUCACACUAUUGAAAGGACGUCUACGGCAUUUGUCGCGUUUAUAGCACAGAAUUGCCUAAAAGAAAUCAUGUGGAAUAUCUAUUGGGGUUGAAAUUGAUUCGGUCUAUAAAGCCGGCCCCAAGGGAGCAGUUACGGCAGUUAGCCGGCUCUCCUCCUUACGCGAUUCAGUGUUAUAAAUUGACAAGAGAAACUACGGUAAUCAAGCCGGAUCUCUUGAAUACGAAACGGGGCCACAAGCGGCGAAAAAGAGAAAGACAACAGGUGGAAUAUUGAUGAGGUUAACUUAAUGCGGCAAUUAGCCGGCCUCAUUAGAGUUGUUACGGUAAACUAUGCCGGCACUCUUUUCAAGCGAUUCAGUGUUAUAAUUAAAACGAGAAAAACUACGGUAAUCAAGCCGGAUUUCUCGUACUAACGUAAGCCACAAGCGGCGAACAAGAGUCAAAGAUUUAAGGUGGAAAUUUCAUGGGGUAAACUUAAUGCGGUAAUUAGCCGGCCCCAUCAGAGAUGCUACGGUAAACUUGCCGGCACUCUGGCCGCUCGAGGCAUAUUGAAGUUGGAUGUGUGACGGAAAGGUCAAACUGCAAAUUUUACCAGGGAGGCAAGCAAAGAAGUGCUUGAAGCCGCAGAAAAUUGGCUAAGUCCCUCCAUGACCUUUAAUGGAAGGUUUGACGAGUGGGAUGACCUUUGGGAUCAUUAAUUGCCCAACAGAGUCACCGUAAUGGAAUUCAAGUCGCAUGACCUUUGGGACCAUUAACCCAAAUUGAGUCGCACAUCUCAACGGAUUGUCUUAACAAAGGAUGACCUUUACCAGGGAGGAAGCAAAUCACGCUUGUCUUCAUUGACGUCCCUCCAUGACCUUUAUGGAUCUCAUUUGAAGUCGUACAAUUGAUACGCACCUUAUUCCAAAGACUGAAGCAGUAUUCUUAAGUCGUACUUGAUACGCACCCGAUUCUCAAAGCGGAUUGUGAUGAAAGUCGCAUUACGGAUGCGCAGGAUUGCUCAACGGAGCGGAAUGGGCCAACGUGCGGAAAACGGUGGACAGGACCUGUGACCUUUACGAGUCAGAAAUGGAGGAUCCUAGUCUACAUUUGAUUAAAACUUUUGUUGAUCUGUUACUGUUGAUCUGUUCCUAAUGAUUUGAUAGUAUUUUUAUAGUUGGAUCUCUUUAUUCACAUUGUAUUAAAUGGAAUUGUGCCUUUACGGAAUUGAUGUGAUAAAAUGGAUUAAGAGAAUUUGAUGUUUUUGAGCACGCACAGACACCGGCGACCGUCGUCUUCUCGUGGAUUCGGGAGUGUGUCCAGCCUCACAGGAGCUCGGCAUCCCCCCAGAGGCAUGUGAGACCGGGAUCACUAGCGUUCACGUCAGUGGCGCUAUGCCUGUGGCGCUACGCCUUAGGAUUACGUGUCUGUGUUGUGUCUCUUCUGAUUGGCUUGAGUUGUGUUAGUGGGCGCGGCAUAGCACGUGCUGCACAGUGUUACACACUGUUGAACGGGCUCCACGCUUUACGAUCGA